UCGCACGUCACACCUAAUGGCCUCAAUUUUCUCCGUAGAAUAAAAGGAUUCUCUGCAGAGACCGAGAAAGGCGGAGGUCGGGCAAAUGACUCGAGGACAAUACUGAGUGGGAGAGAAAGCUGCCCAGGAGAAAGCAAAAAGGAUUACUGAGGGGUGCUGACGGUGUUUAACUAUGAAUUUAAGGUGGCACCUUGAGAUUGAUGUAAAGCACAGAGAAGGCAGAUGAAGGCUGACUGCCGCUUAAAUCCCUACCCUCGACGGCCCAGACGUGCGGGCACCAAGGCUUGUGGCCCAAUAGUGUCUGAGAGCCUACUGCGCCUUCUUGAAAAGCACCAGAACGGCCAGAGUGUCUGUUUUCCGUAGCUUUAGCAUCCCAAGGCUUUUACGGAAAUCGAGCCAUUUUUAAAAGGACGAAGGAGACGCCGGGAGAUGAGAUGAGGGGCUGUGCCCAGUUUUCCUCCCUCGAGCCAUCCAGGGGGAGGACAGGCGGCCGCUCCAGGUCCAAGCACUGCUCCUCCGGGGGGAGGAGGGAGCCCUGACCCGGCGUGGCCAGGCGGAAGCGCCUCUGCCAUUGGCCCAGCGGCGCCCUUUACCUGCGCCGAGCCCGGGGGCCGGGGCGCAAAGUCCGCGGCGCCGGGCCAAGGAAGCGGCCGUCGCAGCGCAGGUGAGCCCCGCCAUCGGCCAGGCAAGAUGCCUCUGGGGCUGCGGCGAAACAAGAAAGCCAAGUCCAGGGAGAGCGCCCGGCUGGUGGAGGGCGAGCCGGCGGGCGCGCGCGGAGGCUUCCCGGACCCCCCGGGUCCCACGCGCAGGUUUGUCUUCCACGCGCAGCUGGCGCACGGCAGCGCCACGGGCCGAGUGGAGGAUUUCGCCAGCAUCCAGGAGCUCUACGCCAAGAUCGCGGGCGUGUUCGAGAUCUCGCCGUCCGAGAUCUUGUAUUGCACUUUAAACACCCCUAAAGUUGACAUGGAAAAACUCUUAGGAGGACAGCUAGGUCUUGAAGAUUUCAUAUUUGCCCACGUGAAAGGGAUCAGAAAAGAAGUGGAUGUCUAUAAGUCUGAGGAUUCCCUUGGUCUCACCAUUACGGAUAAUGGUGUUGGCUAUGCUUUUAUAAAGAGAAUUAAAGAUGGUAGCACAAUUGACUCAGUUAAAACAAUCUGUGUGGGCGAUCAUAUCGAAUGCAUAAAUGGAGAAAAUAUCGUUGGAUGGCGUCAUUAUGAUGUUGCUAAGAAGUUAAAGGAAUUAAAAAAAGAGGAGCUCUUUACAUUGAAGUUAAUAGAACCUAAGAAAGCAUUUGAAAUUGAGCCAAGGUCCAAAGGUGGAAAGUCGUCGGUGGAAAAAAUCGGUACUGCAAAGGGGACACUUCGCCUGAGAUCGAAAGGUCCUGCCACUGUGGAAGAAGUGCCCUCUGAAACCAAAGCAAAGGCAAUUGAAAAGAUUGAUGAUCUUCUUGAGUUGUACAUGGGAAUUCGAGAUCCUGAUUUAGCUACCACAAUGUUUGAAGCUGGAAAGGACAAAGGUAAUCCAGAUGAAUUUGCCGUGGCCCUUGACGAAGCUCUUGGAGACUUUGCGUUCCCAGAUGAAUUUGUCUUUGAUGUUUGGGGAGCCAUCGGUGACGCCAAACGAGGAUGAUUGUGGUGUGGAUGAUCCGUCUCUGGAGAAAUGAACCAUUGUUCCUUUUUUUAAAAAAACGAUUAGAUCUGUUUUUAGACACUGUUACGGACUCUGGUUUGUUUUAUGUGUGUAGAGUACAUUCUUUGAAGUAUAAUUUUGAUUUCUGGGUAUUUUUUAAUGUAGUUGUAUAUGUAGUGUGCUUAAGAUAAAUUACCUUAAAAUGUCAAUUUUACUUUUCAUUCAAAAGGUUUUUAAAAGUGAGUUUUAGGGAGUGUUUCUAGAUAACUGAUUUUGCUCCCCAUUAACACCCAUGCUUUGUUUCCCACAUGUGAGUAGUUGAUUGCAAUAGCUUUGCAGUUCUUUUGCAGAAUCUUAAUGCAGUGAAAAUUAGAAUUAGAAUAUGAUUUGCCUUGUAGCAUCUUCAUUUUGUUUAAGGGCUUGAUCAGGAUAUGUUCAGGAAAGGAAACGUGAAUUACGCUUACUAGAGGUCUGGAAGCAUCGUUGUUUUUGACCCACUGCGUAAGGGGAGAAAGAUUCCUAUAGCCUGUCGAAGUCUAUGGCCUAUUUUCUCUCUUUGUAAAACAAGGAUUGAUUGAUUUUUCUUUUUUGCUUCUUUGUAAUUCUUUCUUAACACUUACUGAAAUCUAGUGUGCUGUCUGUGUGUUUUCAUGUGUGAAAGGAGGGUGAAAAAGAGGUAGAUAGGGUAGAAACAAUUCAUGUUUGAUCUUUUUAAAAGUGGUUCCUAAAACAUUAUUUCUUUUUCCGCCCACACCUACUUUUAUGUCACCCUUUAUAAACCCUCCAGGGGAGGUUUUCAUAGUCUUUGCAGAACUUUUCUUUUGAAAGAUAUUUACUCGGAAAAUAACUAUGUUUGAGAACUUUUUUUUCCGUUAAAGAGCAAUGCUUUUCAGCCUCCUAAACUUUAAAGGAGAUCCUAUCAGAAAUAGAUUUUCCCCUAGUGGAAAUACGAGAGAAGGGAAAAUUGAGAAAAUAUAUUAGCCUAUUAUUUUAGAGUUCUAACACUUUCUCUCUAAAACCUUACAUUAUUGAGAAAAUUGAGGGUAAAUGGCUGUCUUAUCACUCUUAUUUGACAUUUUACAGAUGUAAGAGAAAUGGAAAUGAAUGGUUCCAACAUAGAUCAUUUAAUAAGGCAGAGCAUGGUGUGACCAAGCAUUCUUCUAAAGUGCUGGAUCGAAAAUGCUGUGUGCUGUCUUGGUAAUCAGAAAUAAUAACCUGGGAGGGAUGGAUUCUAGGAAAUCAGAAGUAGCUCCAUUUUCACGCUGGGUUAAUGCUCAGGUGACUCUUGUUUUUCCGUGCGACUUCACUGUUCCUGCCGUCCACUCCCCUUUCGCCUAAGUUUAAUGCUGCGAAGCUGCUGUUCUCUGUCUUAUUACUCUGAACCCUGCACAGAAACUGUUAGUUAUUAAUGUGUAACAAAAGUAGUUUAUAGAAUGUGGAUUGUCUUAUUGCCCUUGCCCAUCAUUUGAAAACAGGAUCCAGCUCAGGCAGUAAUUUGUUGUUACUUGUUUAGUGGGUUUCUUUUGGGCGUCCCCAAACACCUGUUAAUUCUUAAUACCACUUCUCUUAGAAGGACACACAAAAAAAGAAUUGAUAUUUUUAGGGAUGGGGAAGUUAUUGGAUAACUCAGGAGGCCCAGAGAAACAUUUUAGUUUAAACAAAAAAAUAAAUUUCUUGGCCCUAGAUGUUAGAUUUGAAAUGACAAAUCGUUGCUUGUUAUUGAUGGGUAUCCGUUUCCCCUCCCUUUUUGGAUGUGCAUGAAGACUGACACUCGGUGUGGAUUCCUGGUGAUUUAUGGAAUCUCAUAUUCACAAAGUGGGCGUGCUCACCGUGAUCUCUGUGGAAUUUUGCUGUCUACGGGGCUGAUGUCCAUGUCCAGCUGUAACUUGCUUGACAGCAUUAGCUGGGCAGUCAUCCUUAUUAAGGGCUCCAGCACAGGUGCUUUAAUACUAAGAAGUUUUUCCUUGAAAUGUGUUUGUCUCUCACCUCUAUUGCUAGACUGAUAACAAGGUCAGUUUCUUUAUGUCAUUUUGUUCCCUUACUUGAAAAUAUAUCUAUCUGUGAACUUUGUGCCUUUUUGUAACUCUCAGCGCACAAAAAAGUAGCAGAAUCUAUUUUUAGUUGCCACGUUCUGCAAGCGUGGGCUGCCCUUCUGCUGCUACAAUGAGACAAAUCAUGUUUUUUUCUUUUUUAACUUUCCAUUUUGUUGGCACCACUAAACAUUUUCUGAAAGACUCGGUCAUUUUCUCUUGUUCUGUAGGAGUUUUUUCCCAAUGGAGGAUGAUCAUUUUAUUCUUGAUUUCCUUCCCUGCAAAACAGCAUCGCUCAGUGGCCACUAAAAGCACGUGAUUGAAUGAUGGGCUCAAUGGGGCCUUGGACAUAGCUUGGUCCUGAUCAAAUGUGCACAUUCUGAUGAUGACAAAUAGGUACAUUUUGGGUUUCUGUGAUGUUUUAAAAAUACAAUUAUAUCAUUAUAUAAUGUGAAACUCUUUAAGAAUUCAAUUAUAAAAGCAGUAAUCUGUUAACCUCUGUGGCUGCUAUAUCCAAUAAUAUAAUGUGACAGAUAAUUAACUAAAUAGAGAGAACUCAAUUUUUCCAGUGAUGUUUAAUUUGCAACAUUUCCCCCUGUAACUUUAACAAGUAGACGUUUUCCAGGUAAAGCGCACUUUAUUUAGGUUCAUAUUAUUGCUGGACCUUCAUUCAUCAAGUCAGGAGACAGCCUUCCUGGUAUCCUUCGGUUCUCAUCGCCUACCUAGCACAGUAGCAAAAUGAAUUUCUUCUGCCAAGGUUCUUCUAAAUAGAGUGCAGUUAUCCACUAAAGAUGUAAAAGAUUGAUCAUAUAAUGACCCUUUCACUCUCUGGUACAUCUUAAAAUAUAUGGAUACCAACAGCAUUCUUGUUAUUCUGGUGGAAGUACUAGGUUAGAAGGAUGGUUAAGUGAUUUACUCAAGCUGUGACUGAAUGAAGAGAGAGGAGAUGCUAUUCAACUCCACAGUCCCAGGUAUUAGUGCUCUGUGUAAAAAGCACAUGUAUUAUCUUCUUGACACAGAUUGAAAGAGAUAGCAGAGUAAUUAUGAGUCCUUACAUAUCUCACGGUUAUAAAAUGUUUCUAAGAUUGUGAAGUGUACAACUGGCACAGCCCGUCCCUACCGAUUACCUGAAAACCUAGUUCUAAGAAAUGACUCAUGGUUCUAUCUGCUAGGAGGGUGAAAGCUGAAUAUGAUAUCUUUAUUUCAGUUGGAGACAUUAAGUCUCUGUAAGACUUAAAUAUAACUUUAGAUAUUUUUCAAGUAUUAACAAAAAGCAGAAAUUAAAAAAAACUUCUGAAAGAUAAUUUUAAGUAAACAUUUUAUAUUUUAAACUGUUUGUGCCAUGUAAUAAUAUUGACUAGAUACAGGUAAAAUGUUCUUUUCUGAGAGACAAAAAAAAAGGUUUUCUCUUUUAUAAUAAUCAUAGCAUAUACUUUAAAAUAUUUUUUGAGAUUGAAUUUUGGAAAUCUAUUCAUCUAUAUGUAGAAUUGUAAAUUAUAUUUUGAUAUUGUUUAAAAAUGUAUUAUUUGCUAUAUUUCUACUUAUAUUGAUCAAAAAGUGAAUUAUUUGUAAAGCUAUAAUAAUUUUAUAAUAUUUCUUAUAUUUAAAAUAUGA